GGUGAGGUUCGGGCCAGUUGUGCCGUUGCGAGACUGCUGCUGUAGUCGCUUCGGCGGGUCCAGGUGUUACUGAACAGCGACCCUCUCUUCCAAGAUGUCAAAAACAAACAAAUCCAAGUCUGGGUCUCGAUCUUCUCGCUCAAGAUCUGCAUCCAGAUCUCGGUCUCGAUCGUUUUCAAAGUCUCGGUCCAGAAGCCGAUCUGUCUCUCGUUCAAGGAAGCGCAGGCUGAGUUCUAGGUCUCGUUCCAGAUCAUAUUCUCCAGCUCAUAACAGAGAAAGGAAUCACCCCCGAGUGUAUCAGAAUCGAGAUUUCCGAGGCCACAACAGAGGCUACCGGAGGCCCUAUUAUUUCCGUGGGCGAAACAGAGGCUUUUAUCCAUGGGGCCAGUAUAACCGAGGUGGCUAUGGAAACUAUCGGUCCAAUUGGCAGAACUACCGGCAAGCAUACAGCCCUCGUCGGGGCCGUUCCCGAUCCCGGUCCCCAAAGAGAAGAUCCCCUUCACCACGGUCCAGGAGCCAUUCUAGGAACUCUGAUAAGUCAUCCUCUGACAGGUCAAGGCGCUCCUCAUCCUCCCGGUCAUCCUCCAACCACAGCAGGGUUGAAUCGUCUAAGCGCAAGUCUACAAAAGAGAAAAAGUCCUCUUCCAAGGAUAGCAGGCCAUCUCAGGCAGCUGGUGAUAACCAGGGAGAUGAGGCCAAGGAGCAGACAUUUUCUGGAGGUGCCUCUCAAGAUAUAAAAGGGUCUGAGAGCUCAAAGCCAUGGCCAGAUGCCACCACCUAUAGCACUGGUUCUGCAUCACGGGCCUCAGUUUCAGAUCUGAGUCCCCGGGAGAGAAGCCCAGCUCUUAAAAGCCCUCUCCAGUCUGUGGUGGUUAGGCGAAGGUCACCGCGCCCUAGCCCUGUGCCAAAACCUAGUCCUCCACUUUCUAAUACAUCCCAGAUGGGCUCAUCUAUGUCAGGUGGUGCUGGAUAUCAGUCUGGAACACACCAAGGUCAGUUUGACCAUGGCUCUGGGUCUUUGAGUCCAUCUAAAAAGAGCCCUGUGGGUAAGAGUCCUCCAGCCACUGGCUCUGCAUAUGGUUCAUCUCAGAAAGAGGAGAGCGCUGCUUCAGGAGGAGCAGCAUACACAAAAAGACCCAGUGGCUUAUUGGCUCAGGAAAGAAAGCUCAGUCGUGACCUAGUUCAUAGCAAUAAAAAGGAACAGGAAUUUCGUUCCAUUUUCCAGCACAUACAGUCAGCUCAGUCUCAGCGUAGCCCCUCAGAAUUGUUUGCUCAGCACAUAGUGACAAUUGUUCAUCAUGUUAAAGAACAUCACUUUGGAUCCUCUGGAAUGACAUUGCAUGAACGCUUUACUAAAUACCUAAAGAGAGGAAAUGAACAAGAAGCAGCUAAAAAUAAGAAAAGCCCAGAGAUACACAGGAGGAUAGACAUUUCCCCCAGUACAUUCAGAAAACAUGGUUUGACUCACGAGGAAAUGAAAAGUCCCCGGGAAGCUGGCUACAAGGCUGAAGGCAAAUACAAAGAUGAUCCUGUUGAUCUCCGCCUUGAUAUUGAGCGCCGUAAAAAACAUAAGGAGAGAGAUCUUAAGCGAGGUAAAUCAAGAGAGUCGGUGGAUUCCCGAGACUCUAGCCACUCAAGAGAAAGAUCGACUGAGAAAACAGAGAAAACUCACAAAGGAUCAAAGAAACAGAAGAAGCACCGCAGAGCAAGAGACCGGUCUAGGUCCUCUUCUUCCUCUUCCCAGUCGUCUCACUCCUACAAAGCAGAAGAGUACCCCGAGGAAGCUGAGGAGAGGGAGGAGAGCACCACAGGUUUUGACAAAUCCAGACUGGGGACCAAAGACUUCGUGGGUCCAAAUGAAAGAGGCGGCAGAGCUCGGGGAACCUUUCAAUUUCGAGCAAGAGGGAGAGGUUGGGGCAGAGGAAACUAUUCUGGUAACAAUAACAACAACAGCAACAAUGAUUUUCAAAAGAGAAACCGGGAAGAGGAAUGGGAUCCAGAGUACACACCCAAAAGCAAGAAGUAUUACUUGCAUGACGACCGGGAAGGUGAAGGCAGUGACAAGUGGGUGAGCCGUGGCCGUGGCCGAGGAGCCUUCCCCCGGGGUCGGGGUCGGUUCAUGUUCCGGAAAUCCAGUACCAGCCCCAAGUGGGCCCACGACAAGUUCAGUGGGGAGGAAGGAGAGAUUGAAGAUGACGAGAGCGGGACAGAGAACAGAGAAGAGAAGGACAGCUUACAGCCCACAGCUGAGUAGGGCCACUCUCGAGGGAGCCCUUCCCCGGGGAGAAAGGCGCUGGGAGAGGCUGGUGGAGUGAACAGGGAGCCUCCAGAAGAUCCUGCAAACCCACCCCACACCCACCAGCCACACAGAACCCUACGACAGCAGAGUACACAUCCCUGGUGUUGUCCCAAUGGACAGAGGAUACUGGCCACAGCCUAGGAUCAGGCCCAUGUUUUGAGUGACCCACAAUAGAGUGGGCUCCUGCCGUUUCUUGUUUGUUGUUGGUGUGUGGGGUGGGGGCAGGGUAGGGAGAAUGAUGCUGAUGCUUGGAUUUGGGUUUUUUUGUUUUGUUUUUUCCCUAUUAGAAACCAAGUUUUCUUAAUUUCAUUUCAUUUGGAGCUAAGAGGAUGAACUUGGUUUUCAGUCUUUUCCUGUCCUGAUUUUUAAAAAUCCUUUAUAUUUUUUUCUUUCCUUUUUUUUUUUCUUUCUUUUUAAGGCAUAUGUAGUGAUAUUAGCAGAAAGAUUUAAUUUGGGCAACUUUGAUUCUUAAGAGAAAACAAAGCAUGUGAAUAAACAUUGAAGUGUUUGCC